AUGGUACGCAAAGUUGCAAAACAUGUGGCACGAAAUAAGAAGAAAUAUUGGAGACAAAUUUCAACCAAAGAUGUCGAAGAUGGAUUAGAAGAUAUUCGAGUAGAAGAAAUGACAGGUGGCCGACGAUCUGAGCAACCUGAUCAUAUUUUAUAUCAUAUCGAUAAUGAACGUCCACUUGGUUCAACAUCUCCAUCUGCAGAAGACAUGGAAGUAUCUCCUGUCGUUCGUCGUUCCGUACGAAAACAACGUGAAAAACUUGAUUUAAACAAUCUUAAUACGUACAAAAUUUUACAACCACACAGUUGCGUACCACCACCAUGUGUUGAUUCACGUGAACCUAAAGAUCCAUCAUCAAAAUCAUCGAAACGUCUUGUUGAAACAGAGAAAACAGUUGAAAUGCGUCGAGCUGCAAAGAAAAAAUAUCAAAAUGCAGCAAAACAACGUUCUGAAGCUAAACAAAAAACUGCUUUAGAAAAAGCAGAUAAAUUAGAACUCGUUGAUCCUCAUGUUUCACAAGUUUACGAUCUAUGGGGUACACAGAACGAAAAAAAACAACAAACGCAGUCACUUGUCGGACCUGUUUUAGCUACAUAUUUGGAUCAAGUUCAUCAAACAUAUGAUUGGAAAGUGCCAAGUCAUAUCGUUAAAAAACCAUCGAAAUUGCCAGCUAUUGAAAAACCAUUACCUGGUAUAUCGUAUAAUCCAACCUAUGAUGAUCAUCAAGAUCUACUUCGUAAAGCUGUAGAAGUUGAACUUGAAAAAGAACGUAAAGAAUUGAAACUACAGAAGAAUCUACCAGCCAAGCUAACACAAAGUGAAGCCGAACCAAUAAAAAAAGCAUGGUUAAAAGAUAUGGCAUCAGGUUUAUUUGAUGAUAAUGAUGUUGACAAUGAACCAACAACAGAGAGUACGUCGUUAAAUUCUGUUAGUGUUGGUAAACCGGUAACAGUUGAGACAAAAACUACUCAACAACGAAAUAAAGAAAAAACUCAUAAGAAAAAAGAAGCUUUAGCUAAAGCAGCGAAAGAAAAACGUAUUCAAGAUAAUGAAUUGUUUCGAUUAAAAUCUAUUGGAAAAGAAAUUAAAUCCGCAGAACUUGGAUAUAAACAAAAAGGAGAAAAACGAAAAAUUGAAUAUGCAAAUCGAGAAAAUUACGGUACGAAAAAAUUCGGUAGAUAUAAAUUCGAAGACGCAGAUUUGGAUUUGAACUUAUCCGAAGAGAUUACGGGCAAUUUGCGAACAUUAAAAGCCGAAGGUAAUUUACUCCAUGAUCGAUUCAAGUCAUUACAAAAACGUAAUAUUAUUGAAACACGUAUUCGAGCAAAACCAACAAAGACAAAGAUGAAAAAAUACGAAAGAAGAUCUGUACGAGAAGUCGGAGUGGACUAUCGGCCGAAAUAA